UGGAACGGAGUUAUGUGAACAUUGUAACUCGAUGCACGCGUUAUUGUAUUUCGUACCUAUCAAACGCGGAUGAAAUGUCUUGUGAGAGCCAGUGACAUAAGCACAGAAUAACAUAUUUUGAAGAAUUAAAAUAUUUUAUUUCUGGGCUUGACGCCGCUGUUUUUACAUAAAAACACAGUAAACAAAAAAAUACUAAAACAAGCGUGAAUCACUAAUGUGAUCUUGCCUUCCAAAAUCUGAAGUACCUAAUUUAGAGGCAUUUAUUGAGGACCUCCUAGCCGACUCUUGUUUUGAAACGAAAUUCGUGUCUAGAAAUGAAUUAUAAAUAACAUCCGUUUAAUAACAAAAAUAGGAUUUAAAAUAACACUAAAAGCUAACAGGAAUAUUGGUUAGCUGUAAACAAAUCCCUAAAUUAUUGACCUUUUGUUUGUGUAUAAACUGCGUAGACACUGAUCGUAAUCGAAUGUAAACAUAUUUUGUAAGACUUGCUAAAAUAACUUGCAAUUGUUUUUGCUUACUUGUUUCUUUAAUCAAUACCUACUUCAUUUAAGCAAUAAUCGGAAUAGUUUAAAAUAUCUGCACUCGUAGAAAGAUCAACAACCUUUACCGUUAAUUUCAUGAAUAUUUAAAUGUGGAUUUGUGUAUCGAACUGAAUGGAAUAAAUCACUAGUCAUUUACAAGUCAAUUUUACAACUCGGCUUUGUGGUAGAGGCUAUUAUAGGACAUCUACUAAAAAACCGUGAAAGGGGACAUGCUUAGACCUUAUUUGUACGCGUGCCGAAGAUAACUUGGUCGCUGUCAAAAUGGGCACGUUAAUAGGGAACAUAACAAACUUCUACCACUACCUGAACGAUGACUUAGCGGAUCCCCGGACUAAGGACUUCCUGUUCGUGUCGAGCCCCGUACCGCUGCUGGUGAUCAUGUUUGUCUACCACCGGUUCGUUCAGUCCUGGGGGCCAGCCUUCAUGGCCAACCGGCAGCCCUACAACGUUAAGAACCUCAUAAUUGUAUACAAUAUCAUACAGAUUGCAUUGUCUAUUUUCCUUACGACGCAGUGUUUAACCAGGCUGUACCUAUCUGGAUACUACAGUCCUUGGUGUCAGAAGAUUAAUUACGAAGACACGCCGCUGGAGCGCGAUGUCGUCAGCCGAGUCUGGCUCUACUACAUGAUCAAGUUGCUAGAUUUAUUAGACACGAUAUUCUUCGUGUUACGGAAAAAGUUUAACCAAGUGUCGUUCCUUCACGUGUAUCACCAUCUAGGAAUGUGCGCACUCGGAUUCUUCGGCACUAAAUAUGUACCAGGUGGUCAUGGUAUUAUGCUCGGCUUCAUCAACUCCAUAGUUCAUGCUGUCAUGUACAGUUACUACCUCAUUUCAAUAGUGAGGCCACAGUGGGUCAGGCAGUGGUGGAAGAAGUACAUCACGCAAUUGCAAAUCUUGCAGUUCCUGUUGUUGAUUCUCCACUUCGGUCACGUGCUGUUCGAGCCCUCCUGUGAAUACCCCAAGUGGGUCUCCUUCGUGUUCCUGCCACAUAACAUAUUUAUUUUAUUUUUGUUCUGUGACUUCUAUAUCAAAGAAUACAUUCUUAAGAAAAACAAAAAUAAAUCUAAGUAGUUUAAGGCAUAGCAGUA